AAAAUAAAUAGACAUAUUGCGGACACUAAGUCUACAUCUCAAGUUGGUCAAUACUUAUUGUAGACAUAUAGCAUGUAGCAUAGCAGUGAUUAAGAUACGUUCAGUCAGGCGGUGAUAUAGAAGAAUUGACGAAUUUAUUGGGAAUCUAUAAACUACGUCAUAUCUUUCUAUUAUUCGUAUUUCCUGUAGGUUCCUCCAUUGCGCAUCACCUGUGCUGAAGGGGCUAUUGUUUUUAAUCGAUAUAUGGAUUGGUUUACAAGUCAGCUGUGAUAAAUGUCCUCCGGAAAGCGAAAUGGGAGAACAGUCAUUCUAACACAUUGGAGGAAUAUGGAUAAUCUGAGUUGAUAUCUCAAUAGACGAGAGACAGAAGUAGGCAUAUAUAUACACCGAUACAGGGAGAUCUCUCAACCCCAAGUGGACUUUGUUUUGUGCACGAUCAGUUAACGCUGGUGGACCAUUCGUGUGUUUUACACGUAUUAAAGGACUAAAAUGGAGCCGAAUUUACCAACAUACGUACCCCCAUCCCCUCCUUGGAGAACAUUACCCCCUCCAACAAAAGAUCCAUGUUCAAGCUGCCCUCGUCUGCUGCCUGGAUGGGCUUUAGCUCUUCUCAUUAUUCUCCUUCUGGUUGUGGCUAUCUCAGUAGGAUUGAAUAUCAUGUUCGUUCUCAGGCGGCGUCGUUUACAGAGAGAUCUAGCCAUUCAAGCCCACAUGGAUUUGCAAAAGUCAUCGUUUAUGCGUAAAACCAAUGGUAACGGAGUUUCACAACCCAACGGGGCAGAUAAACAACCUAUGCUUCGAACGAGAACCAUUGCACUGAAAAAAAGCAGGAUAGAAAUUCCGCGGGAAAACAUUGGUAUCAGCGUGAGUCUGCGAUCGAUCGGGGAUGGUCAGUUUGGUCACGUGUGGAAGGGAGAGACACGUGGUCUGACGGUCAAUGAUGGUCACGUGAUUCCAGUAGCUGCAAGAGAAUUACCAGAUUCGCUGACCAGAGAUGACGUCCUUGAUCAUCUUACGUCAAUAUGGAGAUUAAAAACUCAUGAAAAUGUUGUCCAAGUUUACGGAUGCUGCUUGGAAACAGAACCUUCCUAUAUCCUAACUGAGUACGUCCCGAAUGGGUCCCUCUUUACCUAUCUACGCACCAAUGGGGGAAUAACGAGAACAUCAAUCUACGCUAACAUAGAAGAAACAUUGGAAGAUGAUCAUCAGAUAACACUCAAACAACAAUAUAUGUUUGCAUUCGAUGUGGCUAAUGGUAUGGAAUAUCUUGCUAGCAAACAGGUUAUCCAUGGAAAUCUUUGUGCUCACAAUAUCUUAUUAUCUCAAGAUAAACGCUGUAAAGUAGCUGACUUUGGAUUGACAGCUUUAUCCGACUUGGCCAAAGUGACUAAAGAUAGUAUCUAUGAAAGAUGGAUGUCUUUAGAAAGAUUAUCAAACGGUCUUUGCUCAACCAACGAUGACGUAUGGGCGUAUGGAGUAUUGGUGUGGGAAAUUAUGACGUAUGGAAGACGCCCAUACUCAGAGCUUGGAAAAGAAAAUCUAGGAGAAAUGUUGGCCAGUGGAUACAGGUUACGUGUACCAGAGCGAUGUGAUGAAAUGACAUCUGGUCUGAUGAAGAGUUGUUGGAAGGAGAAAGAGAGUGAAAGAUUGACAUUUGAACAGAUCAAAACCCAAUUAGGCGAUAAAGUAGAGGAAGAAGCGGACUACUUUGCACUUGGAAAUAACAUGGAUAGCUACUACGCAUGCGUGGACGUGAUCGAGAGAUGAUGAUGGCCCCGACAAUAUUUUUUUUCCUGAUAGAGACAGAUGAAUAGAAUGUUAACCGCUUGACUACUGGAGCAGGGUGUACUUUUAGGGGUUAGAAAUUUAGUAGUCGGUGGGUUAACACAUCGAGUCGUAUAUUCUUGUACAUUAACCUGAGACUAAAAUCUUCGUCCAAAUAUCUAUUCCUACUUCUACAUCAAUGCCAAAGAAAAUAUACCAAAGAAUCUAAUUUUAUUGCAAUGAAGUUAAUACCUUAUUGAUAAUUUUUUCUCCUCGUUUUAUUGGAGAUUAUGGUAUUUGGACAUUAUUUCGGUCACUGUAGGAUUAAAGUGAUCUCCACUUGAUGAGUAAAUUGACAACAAGCAGUCCAUAAAGUUCGGUUUGAAGUAUUCUAGAUGCUAAUUCCAAUCAAUGUUUUGCGAACAAUUGUCAACAAUUAUUUCAUGUACAAUGUAGUAAAAAUAUAUACUGUAAAAUACCCUAUAUAAUAUAUUCAUAUUUAUUUCAUAGCUCUUUUUAAUGCUUGCAGAAUUGUUCAUUUGUAUAUUAAUGUCAACCAUUUUCAUGUGUUUGAAUUGAUGUAAUAUAAGUCAAGGGAGUGGGGCUAAUAUACGCCUACACUUCAUUGUGAGCCAGAAAUGCAUGCCGGAGUAAUUAACUCAUUACUCACAAAAGAUUUUGAAAUAUAAGUCUUUAUUUUGUUUAACUGUAUAUUAUAUGCAAAGAAAUUCAAUUGUAAUGCAUUGAAAAAAGGCUUAUCACAUAGUUUUUUAAUAUUUUUAUGAAUUUUUAAAUGUAUUGCAAAGGAAAACACAUAUAACAUGUAUAAUGGAUCAGAGAGCAAUCAUAUAGUACUAAAUCGUAAAUUCGAAUAUUUGGUUUUGUAUUUAGUUAGUGGAGUACGUUAUAGGACAUGAGUAUUUACAUAAUCAUUCCCCUCCCCCAAAUUAUAUUACCAGUAAAAUACCACAUAGACAUUACGGCAAAAUUAUGAAUAAUGUUAAAAUAUCCAUUCAUAAAAGGAAAAUAAUAAUAUAUUUUUGAUGAUGUUAUGUUUCUUACUUCUGUUCAUACUGAACUAUAAUGCAAUUGUGUUGAACUCAAAUUUUAGGGCUUUAAUACGAUUUUUCAAAUAAACACAAACAUACAUUUUGACGGCGAAUCAGACUUAAUACAAUGGGAUUAAGGUGGUGUAUUAUUUGAGUGACCUCAAUUUAUUGUAGAAUUGUAAAAUUAUUCUUUUUCGGACAUUAUUAUUUCAUGUGCUUAUUUUUCCUGGAAAAUUUGUUACAAAAUUAUUAUACUGUACUUGGAAUCUCAUUUGCAAGCAAUAUUCUUCAAAGGCUCUUUCGUUACCAGGUCAUAGUUUUCCAUUUGUUUAUUUCAAAUAAUAAUAAUAAUAAAUUAUAUCAGU